ACAGAGAUCAGAGGGUUCAAUGAUGCUCAAAAGGACGAGUACUUCAGGAAACACAUCAGAGAUCCAGAGAUGGCCAGCCGCAUCAUCUCAGACAUAAAAGCAACCCGGAGCCUCUACAUCAUGUGCCAUGUACCGGUGUUCUGCUAGAUGGCAGUAACUGUGCUUCAGGAUAUACUGAGUAAAGACAGCAAGAGUGGGCCAAAGCCUCGAUCUUUACCCACAACCCUCUCUGAAAUGUACAUGCAUUACAUUAAGAUUCAAACAAGUAUCAGUUUCGAGAAGCAUGGACCAACACAGGGGAAACAACUUUCUUUGAUGUCAAAGACAUAAUUUUGAAAUUGGGAAAGCUAGCGUAUCAGAACCUGGACAGUCAAAACGUGCUCUUUACAGAACAGGACUUGACAAACUGUGGCAUUAGUGUCAUGGAAGCUGCUACAUGCCCUGGCCUGUGUACAGAACUUGUUGAAUUAGAGCAUGGACUGUAUCCAAAGAAAGUGUAUUGUUUUGUACACUUAAGUGUUCAGGAGUUCUUUGCUGCGCUGUACGCAUUUCAUGAAUUUGAAAAUGGUAGGAUUGACUCAGUGAAAGCCGUAAUCAAAAAGAGGAAAGGGGCCACUUUGUUAGGUUUUCUCAAAGGUGCUCUGGACAGGGCAUUAGAUAGUAAAAAUGGACACCUGGACCUUUUCGCGCGCUUCCUUUUCGGGAUCUCUCACGACUCCAGCCGGGCAAUCCUUCAAGACAUUCUGGGAAAAACAACCAGUGGUUCAGAAUGCAACAAAAAGUUAAUCGGAUAUAUCAAGAUGUUGAAAAGGAAGGACCUCUCUCCAGAGAGAUGCAUCAACUUGAUCCACUGUCUGCUUCAGCUGAAGGACCGCACCAUUCUACAGAAUGACAACAACAACCAAGUCUCGCCUUCCGACACACAGCCAACUCCAUUUCAGUGUUCUCUCCUGGCGUAUAUGUUCAUUAUGUCAGAAAAGCCUGACGAGUUUGACUUCAGGAAUAACAAAACUUCUGAGGAAGCUUUUCGCAGACUGACUCCUGCUUUGCUGUCUUGCACCAGAGCGUUACUCAACUUUUGUGACAUCACAGCACUGGAGUGUAACACUGUAGCCUCCGUUCUUCAGUCUGAGAAUUCCCACCUGACAGUCUUGGACCUGGGACACAACAACCUGGGAGAUGAAGGGGUGAUCCGACUCUGCUGUGGGCUGCGGAACCCCAACUGCAAGGUGGAAACCCUGAACCUCAGCCACAAUCAUGUGGGAGUUGGCGGUGUCAUGGCAAUCUGCGAAGUGCUGACUUGUCCCACCUCAAAACUCCUGAACUUGGACCUCAGCUGCAAUGACCUUGGGGACCCGGGGGCAGAGUUGCUUGCUUUUGCCCUCCACAAGUGUUGCAAGCUGCAAGCACUGAGGCUAUCUGGCUGUUUGAUCACAUUACCUGAGGAUGUGUCCUCUGUCCUGGCCAUAGCUUUGAGGUCAGCAUGCUUCCAGAUGAAAGAGCUGGAUCUGAGCUACAAUCCCCUCGGAACCGUUGAAUUGGAUUUCCCGCUUCAGCUGAACAUGGACCACGGAGGAGAGAGCAGGAAUAAACCGGGUCUGCAGAAAUAUGCCAUUGAGGUCACACUAGACCUCAGCACAGUAAACGAUUUCCUGUCCCUGUCUGAGGGGAACAGGAAGGUGACCCACCAGAGGAAGAAGCAGGACUAUCCCUUCACCGAAGAGAGGUUUGAUAACUGCAACCAGGUGCUGUGCGAGAAGGGCCUCUGCGGGCGUCAUUACCUGGAGGUUGAGUGUCUACACGACGUACAUAUAGGCAUGGCCUACAAGAUAUUAGAGAGGAAAGGAGCCGGGGAGAAUGUAACGCUGGGACAGAAUGCUGUUUCUUGGGCUUUGUACGCCUCAAAGGAUAAGUUCCUUGCCCAGCAUAAAAAAAUUAUUCACAAUUUACGGCUCCCUGAAAUCAAAUCAAAUGAGUCCUAUAGAAUAGGGGUGUUUCUGGACUGGCCGGCCGGCAUCCUGUCCUUCUACAACAUCUCCUCGGAGUCUGACAAACUGACCCACCUGUACGCAUUCCACACCACAUUCACUGAGCCCCUUUAUCUUGGGCUUAGACUUCAAUCCCCAACAUCAACCAUUUCUCUCAUAGUCAAGUAGCCUACAGUACAUCUAAGCAUUGUCUUUCAGAAAGUAUAUGUGCCACUGGGUGGGGAGGGAGAGGCGUUAUAGAAAAGUUUGUGGCCAUACUUAGGUGCUAAGCUAAUGUAGUAUACUUGAGAACAGAAUGGAUCAUGGGUUUGCAGUACUGUUAUGUUGUAUCUCUACUUUAUUCCUCUUGUUAUAUUUUGUGAACAAAGAAUGUAAAAUAAUGUCCUAUAUACUGUAUAGCCGCUUCAUUUUAAAAGAAUGUCAAAAGCUGGCUAAUGAUCUAACAAUGGAACAAAACUUUGUCUGUGCCUUCAGAAAGUGUUCACACCCCUUGACUUUUUCCACUUUUUGUUGUGUUAAAAAGUAGGAUUAAACUGGAUUUAAUUGUAAUUUUUGGUCAAUGAUAAUAAAAUAAAACUAAUACCAAGGUGGUAGAAA